GUGACGUCGCGUCGCGUCGCUCCGGCGUCGGUCGGGCUACUCGCGCGUCGAGCGCUUGAGCUUCCUGCUACGGGAGUGCGUGUCGUCGCGACGUCUGAUUGCGACGAUUUGCAUCAUCACUGACGACGAUAAGCGGCGGUGGUGCCUCGAGGAGUGCGACGACACCACGCGGAUCCUCAGCAUCACUCGCAGAGUUCACGUGAGUGCACGCGUGCUCCCGUACCUCCAGGCGACGACCAACGCCGGAUGACAGUACGGUAGACGAUAAUUGAGCCGGUGCUGAUCCCGGCUUGCGUCUAGUUUAAAGUCGCGACACCAUAUCGCGAAUCGGGAAGCAUGUGCGGCACAUUACAAUGGCUCGAUCAUGGCUAGGGUGUCUGCUGGGGGUCCUAGUACCGUCCGUGGUGUUCUACCUGUACCUGUUACUGAACGUACCCACUGCGCAGAUAGGCAGGGUAAACGUGGGAAGCGAAUGGCGGUCAUCGCCGGUGGAAGGAUCGCACCCCCGCACAAAGGAGGAUCGCUCCAAUGAAGGGGAAUCCCGAUUAACGAGCACCAUCGAGGUGAAAUGCGACACGAUACACGUAGCCAUGGUGUGCGCCGGAUACAAUUCGACGUUCGCCCUCGUAACCGUGGUGAAGUCCAUCCUGUUUUAUCGCACGAAUCCGUUGCACUUUCAUUUGCUCGUCGACGAGACUGCGAGGAGAACCCUUUCAACCGUGUUCCAAACGUGGGAUUUGCCGCAUGUAAACGUAACGUUCUACGGGGCGGAGACGUGGGUGCCGCGGGUCUCGUGGAUACCAAACAAGCACUACUCGGGCGUGUACGGCCUUCUGAAGCUGAUACUACCGGAUGCGAUGCAGGUGGAACGUGUGCUCGUCCUCGACACGGACGUGACCGUGCUGAGCGACGUGUACCCGCUCUGGAGGAUGUUCGCCAGGUUCUCGGCGGAGCAGACGCUGGGCCUGGUCGAGAAUCAGAGCAACUGGUACGUGAAGGCUCUGUCCUACGGCCAGAGGCCCUGGCCAGCUCUGGGUCGUGGCUUCAACACUGGCAUCAUGCUGAUGCACCUGCGACGGCUGCGUGACGGUAGGUUUGCGAGCGCGUGGGAGAGCGUAACGAAGCGGGUGCUAAGCUACAUACCGGAGACCAGCCUGGCCGAUCAGGACGUGAUAAACGCGAUGAUCGACGAGCGGCCGGGUAUCGUGCACCGUAUAGAGUGUACGUGGAACAUACAGCUGAGCGAUCACACGCUGAGCGACGCGUGUUACCGCGACGCCGAUCGCAUAAACAUCCUCCACUGGAACUCGCCGCGAAAGCAGGACGUUCGCAACAGGCACGUAAACGAGUUUCGCAAGCUGCACCGCGUCUUCCUCGAGAUGGAUGGCAAUCUGCUGCGAAAACGGCUGUUCGGCUGCGACAAGCGGGAGAGUGCGCCGCCAUAUAACGAGUCGAGCCCGUGUCGAGAGUUCGAGAAGGGUGCCGCGAUUCUGUACCGCACGCAUCCCUUCCUGUUGGAGUACGAGUACAACGUGUACUCGGCCACGGACGUUGCUCUGGUCACCCAGUGCAGCGUCGACCGGAUACCGCUCUUGGAAGCGUUAUCGAAACACUGGCCUGGUACCAUAAGCGUCGCGCUUUACCUGACCGACGCGGAAGUGCAGAAGUUCUUGGAGUUCGUGCGAGGUUCCGCGGACCUGCGGGCUAGAAGAAAUAUCGCCUAUCACGUCGUAUACAAGGAUGGGGAGCUGUACCCGAUUAAUUAUUUGAGAAACACCGCGAUCUCGCACGUCUCGACCCCAUUCGUCUUUCAACUCGACGUCGAUUUCUUGCCACAGUUCGGACUAUACGAAAAUCUCAUGAACCACAUCAAUAGGUUGGGUAUCGGAGAACCGGACAAAGUGGCUCUGAUAGUGCCAGCAUUCGAGACCGAGCGUUAUAGGUUCACGUUUCCUGCUAAUAAAGAAGAACUUUUGAAGUUUCUAAAACGCGGUAUCCUCUACACAUUUCGCUAUCACGUCUGGACGCAAGGCCACGCCGCCACGAAUUACAGUUUUUGGCGGAACAGCACGGAAUCUUACGAAGUUUCGUGGGAGCCGGAUUUCGAGCCUUACAUGGUAGUCUCUAAAUCCGCUCCGCGCUAUGACACAAGGUUUGUCGGGUUUGGGUGGAAUAAAGUUUCCUUCGUGACCCACUUAACGGCGCUGGGUUAUAAGUAUAUAGUUUUACCGGAUACUUUCAUUAUUCAUCGGCCUCACGCUCCUAGCCUGGAUAUUGCUAAAUUCAGGACUGAUUCCGUUUAUAGAAGAUGUCUUAAAAAAUUGAAGGAUGAAUUCGUCGAGGAAUUGGUGGCGAAAUAUGGCGAGACCGCACUAGCGAAGCUAAGAAAAGAGACCAAAGAGAGAACUUGAUAGCCAUUAUAAGAUUUUAAUGUUUCCUGAAAUUAGGAUGUAAGAUGUAAUUAAAGAGGCAGUUAGAUGGCGACGUAAAAGCUGAUUAUAUUUUUAUCAACUAUGAAAGU